CCAAACCAUGACCUUCGGUGCCAAGUCCAAGGGCAGAAGGUCAACAGGUGCCAGGCCAUCGUCAUCCAAAAAGGACUUGAGGCUGGACCAAGUGCCUGCUCGCAACUCUUCAACGACGACAGUUUCACAGAACAGCGUUGGGUACCUCCUCCAGCAUGAGGACCACCACGAGGAGCACCAGGAAUGGCUCUGGCCUGUCGACUCCACGCAGCAGACCUUCAUCGAGGCGCACCGGGUGGGAGCUCGACACACGGGCCCCUUCACGACCCUCAACUCUGCCAAGCCCCUGAGGAUCGAACACGUGACCGAGGCGCUCCUCCAUAUGCAGAGGAAGGUCCACAUUUACCAAGUGUGCGCAAAGGAAAGGGAUGGAAAUCUUUGGUGGCAAAAGAGAGAGAGCGACUGCAUUGACUUUAAGGUCCUCGAGAGAGGGAUGGCAUACGAGGACAUUCUGAAUGAUAUCUGGAGCGAUGGACUCCUUGUCGACAGUUCUAGGCCAACGUGGAGAGCCAGACUGGUUCCGGCCGCCGAGGACGCGCCGUGCCCAAUGCCCGAACUCAAGGCCGCAUAUCCUUACCAAUACAACUUCAUGACGGUGACCCAUCAUGCAGUGGGUGAUGGCGUGUCGGUUGCCUUCCUCUGCCAGCUCUUCGUCAACUUGCUGAACGCGGUGAUCGACGGGCAGGCGAUCGACGAUAAACCUUUCGGGAUGUUUGUGUCGAAUGAGGACAUCGCCCAACAGGACAGGGCGAUUCAGGAACAAUUGCGGAACGACCAGGAGCGCUUCGAGACACUGAAAGCCGAAGUUCUGAACUCCAACAAGGAGCCGGUUCUCUUCCGAGCCUUUCCCCGACCGAGCGUCGACAAGCCUUCCUCCCGGCAGAUAGUGAACUGCAUCGACGCCGAAACCCACAAGAGGAUCACCGAAAAGAGCAAGCAGGCCGGCGUCUCCUUCGGCACGACCCUGCAAGCCUCGAUCAACACUGCAAUAGUCGAGAUGGUGAGAGACGCGGGAGUGGACGACGAAUACCACGACAUCAGCGUGAACGUUACAGCAGACCUUCGCAGGUACAUGAAGCGAACGCCCGUGCCCUCGCUGGGUCUCCACGCCCGCACGAUGGCGCACCUCACGCGCACGCACAAGAACACGCGCGACUGCUUCUGGGACUACGCCAGGGGCCUCCACCAGCGGCUCGGAGCUCAGAUCAAGUCGGGCGGAAUCCUACAGCAGGAGGUCGUGCGCCAGAUGGUCAUGCCGCAGAUGCAUCCUAGGGAUUAUUACGCAGGAUCUCCUGAGGUGAUUAGAGAUUAUGGCUUCAAUAACGUCGGUGAUUUGACCAGAGUGAUUCCCGGAGAGGGAAAACACGUUCAGAUGACCGACCUGUUGCAGUACUCUCAAGUUGCCAAGUUCCUAUACCCAAUGCUGCACCAGCUGUUAACGUUCCGAGGAUCCUGCAAAUAUGUCAUCAGUUAUGCAACUGACUGCAUAUCCGAGGAAACAGCCCACAUGACAUCUGCAAAAGUUUUAGAAAUUCUGCAACACAUCAGCAAGUAACUGAGCUGCGACGAGCCUUUUCCGUUUUCUAUGAUUAAUUUCCUGACGAAAGCGAGUAGAAAAUGGCUAUGGGGGACUCGUGUGGCUCGAUUAGCGAAAUAUCAGUGAAUCUCCAAUUUACUAGAAAUAGGCUGUACAUAUACUUUCUAUGUAAUUUUUAUUAACUGAUGCCAGUAAGUCGAUUAGAUGGAGCAGAUUUGUUAAGCUACAGUAUGCAAUACUGUAGUAUAACAAAUUUGCUUAGCUUGUCAUUUUGACAAUUGAAGAAAUGCUUUGGAAGCACUUCAUGAUAUACUAUUUUUAUAUGGGGUUUAUAUACAGAUUCUAAUAGUAAGUAAAUGAAAAUUAUAUCACUUGGUAAUAGCUAUAUAGCGAUAUAUAAAACUAUGUAUCAUUGCAAAACAAAUGCAAGAACAUAGGAAUUCAGGACAAUUAUAGAUGCUAGUCAUAUAUGCAACUAUAUAUUUUUACUAUAGUAAGGGGAUUUCAAUAAACUAUUCAAGAAUUUAUAUUCAAUAGUGAUAUGUUCAUAAGACGUACGAUGUAAUCGUGAUUUCUUUGUAUUGAUUAAAAUCUAGAUAAAUCUAGAACUUUUAUAAAUGACAAAACAUUUCAGUUGCAUUUCAUAGACAGAUGAAUCGAAAUGAUUCAGCUUCAUGUGCAUGUAUAUGCUCUUUUCAAAUAAAAUUUGAAUAUUCA